AUGGGGUAUAACAAGAUGGUCUUUGGGGGCUGGGGGGAGUUCCAAUUACUGGGGAAGCCUGUAAUUUUGGAGACUGCAGAAGGCAAGCAGAAUCCAUCUGCAGCAGACCAGAGCUGUGUCAGCAGCCUGGCAGAAACAGGCGCACAGAGGAGCAGGCCUCUGACUGAUGGAGAUAUCCACAGAUCUGAAAAACUGGAGAUAUGGCCAAGAAGAGGAUCUGUGCAGGGUGCUCUCACAGUUGGCCUUGUGCGACAGUGUCAAACCAUCCAUGGACGUGACAGGACCUGUAUUCCUCCACGGCUGCCUCCUGAGUGGGUCACUACGUUAUUUUUCAUCAUUAUGGGAAUCAUUUCACUAACUGUCACAUGUGGUUUGCUGGUGGCUUCCCACUGGCGAAGAGAAGCUACUAAAUAUGCCCGCUGGAUAGCUUUCACUGGAAUGAUUCUAUUCUGUAUGGCAGCCCUAAUAUUUCCAAUAGGAUUUUACAUCAAUGAAGUUGGAGGUCAACCAUAUAAAUUACCCAAUAACACAGUGGUUGGGUCUUCAUAUGUACUGUUUGUCUUAUCCAUUUUCUUUACAAUAGUGGGACUUCUAUUUGCUGGCAAAGUUUGUUUACCUGGCUGA